UGGAGAGGGUCCGGGCACAUGGCGGGGGCUGGCAGCAGGCUGGGUAAGCCCAAGAAGGCGCACGGGAAAAGCGCGCCGGCGGCGUCGUCCGAGAAGGCGGCAGUAGCCGCCCAGGCUAAGGCGGGACGCUCGCCUGGAGAGUCGGGACCUUCGCGGAUCAAAGCCGGGCCAUCCCCGGGCGAGGUGGGGCCUCGCCGGGGCAAGGGCGGGCAAUCGCCGCCUCCCAAGAAGGCGCAGCCGCCACCGCCGACCAAGGUUGAGGGCGCGGACAAGGCGGAACUACCGCAGGCGAAGGCCAAGCAGCAGAGGGCGGCGGAGGAGAAGGAGCCAGAGGCGGAGAAAUCGUCGGCAGGGGGGUUGCCUCUCAAAACCAUCAGCAGCAAAACCCAACUGACCAAGUCCAUCAAAGAGGCCGGCGAGCGGCUGGUGGUCAUCUUCUUCUCGGGCAGCUGGUGUGAAACGUGUCAGGGGCUCAAGCCAGCCAUGAAGGAGCUCGCCCAACUCAAUAACGUGGUGAUAUUUUACGAGGUGAAUGUGGACGACUCGGAGGACACGGCGGAAGCCUGCGACAUCGUGCACAUCCCAACCUUCCAGUUCUACAAACAGGGCAAGAAAGUAGCCGAGGUCCUGGACGACAGUAUGGAUUCAGUAGAGGAGAAAAUAAAAGAAUUGAAGUAGACUUAAGUAAACAGACCCUUCCCUUUCAGUAUUUAAAGCAAAGUUAAAAUUCCAAAAAGUUUGCUGUUCU